GGAAAAUUUGACAAAGACUCUGAGUUCAGUGUUAUGAAACUUUACAAAGCACUUCAUGACGGUCAAGAGAUUGCAUUUGACUUAUGUAAGUCAUGUCAACCUUGCUUUGAAGAGAAGUUUAACUUCUCAAUAACGACUAAAACAAGCUUUAUUCGUAAGUUAAAGUUCUGA